UUGCAAACGCCGAUACUUCUCACGCUUUAUUUACUGUAACGCAACAAGUGCCUUUGAAUACCUGCAAUCACCAAACAAUUCCCAUUAUCCAAAUCCUCUUAAUCAAAUCUAAAGAAUAGCGAUAGAAUUCUCAAAAUCUGAAUCGUUCCAUCAGCAUCAGCACAAACUUCAAUCAUCUCAACAUAUCCAGCUCCCCUUAGGUCACAGCCCAGAAGAUGAAUGACUCAUUCCUAGAAGAUCUAGGACUAGUGGAACAGAAAGCAGGAUCUGCGGUUCGCGAUGCAGAACGAUACAUAACAACUCGUCGUUCGGAGUCGCCCAAAGUUGAUUUCUGCAUUGACUUUGAGCGAGAGAUCAUGCGAAAGCAGGGGAAGCUCUCGGGUUCCCCAGGGAUUCCAAAGAAGCCCCUAGAACCUGCAGAGCCAAAACACCAGUCUCCCAGAUCGACAGACCCCCAACAGUCCCCCGGGAAACGUCUGAGUGAUCCGAAGCCUAAGAAACCCAUGAAAGAAGUGAAAAUCAUAACACCUCCGUCGAAACCAAAGAAUUCUGAGAAAAAAGUGAAAAAUGUGGAGGCAAAGUUGAAACAAGUGGAAAAUCUCGAUAAAUUGGAAGACCUGAAGACGAUUCAGGGGUUCAAAUCACGGGGUAAGCAUCUGGGUGGGUCCAGGGAGAGCAGCAGACUGUCUGAUGGGUCCUCCAAGGAGAAUAGUCGACCCUCUGAUUCCUCUGGAGACAGUGUCCAGACUGAAAUCCUCAAGGAACGUCGCAGAGGGCCCGACACUAUUGCGAAAAAAUCAGAGCCUGUUGAUAACGCAUCGUUGACGAUGCUCAAUGCUAUCAAGGAGAUUGUCAGCACUUACACGAAGGUGGAGAGCGGCAAAGUCAUGAGGAUGAUGCAGGAUCUCUACAUAAACUCCCAGUCCAACAUGAUCAAGCAGCUGAUGCUCGUGACUGAUGACUUGAGGGAGCUGAAUCUCAGCGAGGGCUCCCCCAGGUUCCAAGCACUCGUCAAGGAGAAUAGUCAGUUGUUGGAGAGUGUUGCAUACCUCAGGAGGCGAGUUGAUGAGCUGCAGAAGACGGCGGAGGACUUUGAUAAGCUGAAGCUGGAGAACCUCGUGCUCAGGACGAGGAUCAGGGAUCUUGAGCAGAAGUGAGGAGUUUGGGGUGUGAGGGAGUUCUAAGCCGUGUUGAUAUUGAAAGUGUGAGGCGAGUUUUGUAUUGAAUUUUGUAUUUUUAUGAUCAUUCAUCUAUUAAAGUUUUGCAUUUUUUUGAA